AGCUGUUCCUGAGCUCUUCUCUUGACUCUUUCCCUCAAAAUUUCAAAUUUCACCGACAACGAGACAAAGCACCGACUUGAAGACCAUGUCGCUCGCUCAGGCCUCAUCGGGCCAAGCCAAGCAAGUCCUUCAGACCCUUCUCAAAGCAUCUCCAGCCAUAGCCCGCCCGAAACAACAUCAAAAACCAAGUACCGCCCAUUUCACAAAACUCCUCUCAACAGAUCCAUCCACCACCGAGAUUGAAGCAGCGCUACGUCGGUAUACACAAGCUGCUCAACCUCUCACGGAGCGGAACUUGAGUGCAUUGGCGCGGCAUACGUGCUUUUCAAAACAAUCGCCAGAGACGCUACGAAAAUGGCUAGAACAACCGGUUCAAUUUGGUGCCGUGCAGCCCAUCAAACCUGUUGCUAGAGAACUCGUUCGCAGUACAGCUGCACAAGUGGUGAGGACAAAAAAGGGCUUGCAGGAGGUUUGGCGCGUCUUGGCCGUUUUGGCGAUGCGGGAACCGACUGUUGCGCAGGAUUUGGUGGUGCUUGGUACGACGUUAUGGGCGCUCAAUCAAGUAAAUGCACCACAGGAAGAGUUGAAGGAACUAGCAGAGCAGAUUGCUGCGCAGUACAGGGCGAAUAAGCAAUUGACUGACAUCAAGGCUGAAGAAAUGGAUACAGCAGCCGCUUGGCGUUGUCAGCUAGAUUACACGCCAUUGUCUAAAGUACUGACCAAAGUGGACUCCUUUGGACUUUCUGUCGAAGUGGAAGGGAUGCUGAAGAAGCUGCAAAAGACACUGGAUCAAGAGAUGGGUGUUUGGCGUAGUAUCAAUGGCAGCAUUGGUCGACGUUGGGAGGACUAUCUCGCAUAAACGACUCUUCAGCACAAGACCUUGUCCAUUUGACGCAGUAGAAGGACUAGCUAUAGAAGAAGAGACCCAAGAC